CAGUAGCUCAGCACCAACUCUCACAUGCCCUUUUUGCUCAAACAUGGCGUCUCGGGCCCCACUUUCCAUCAUCAACCCAAUCCCAAUUUCAAUCCCUUCUUCUUCAAUCCUAUAUCUCCUGCCUCCAAUUCACUAAUUCCACACUUUCCACAAACCAAUUAAACUAUGUUCACCGGAAAGCCCGUGAACUCAGGCCCCUACUUCCCGGGCCGGGCCGAGCUCGACCAGAUGCCCGACACCCCAACCCGCCGCGCCCAGCACCGCCGCGCUCAAUCGGAGACCCAAUUCCGCUUCCCCGGCCUCGACGACAUCCUCCUCGACGACGACGUCAUGGUGGAGCUCAAUCUCGACCUUCCCCCGUCGCUCCUCCCGCCGGCGAGCGACGCCGCGCCUCUGAGGAGUUUGUCGCUGGAUGCCGACUUCUUCGACGGGCUCAAGGUGGAUGCUCCCGCAGCGGCGGAGCCGCGGCCAAAGCAUCGGCAUAGCAACUCCAUGGAUGGGCUUUCCGAACUCGCUCUGCUUGACCCCAAGAGAGCUAAAAGGAUUCUUGCGAAUAGGCAAUCCGCAGCGCGAUCAAAAGAGCGUAAAACCCGUUACACGAGUGAGCUCGAGAGGAAGGUUCAGACUCUGCAAACUGAAGCAACCACACUAUCAGCUCAGAUUACAGUGUUGCAGAGGGAUGCCGGUGGAUUGACGGCUGCGAACAAGGAACUCAAGCUAAAGCUGCAGGCUUUGCAGCAGCAAGCAGAGCUGAGAGAAGCUCUUAAUGAUUCGCUGAGGAAUGAGCUGCAGCAUCUCAAGAUUGCAGCCGGCCAAGCUCCGUCUCCUCACUACUUUGCUAACCACCAAUCGCUGCAGCAGCUCAGCAGCCACAACGAUGCUCGAGAGUGAACAGGGCGGCAUCGUAGUCCCGGGGUUUCAAGCUUGUGCAGAGUUAAUUAUGUUGUUGUGUGUAAAGGUUCGUGGUUAAGUUGCUAUAAUGUGUAGAGGCAUACAUAGAGUUGUAUAUUCUGUAGUAGUGAAAGUUCAAUAAGUGAACAUAAUAACUUUAAUUGCA